AUGAAAUAAACAAUUUUAGAUUCAGAUAAUCGAGCGAUUCUGGAUGCAGGGUAAAAUAAUUAGGAAGAAGAACCUUCAAUAAGUUCAUCGGAAUCGGAGUAAAGUCCCAGUAAAAAGGGAUCUGAAACUAUGAGAUUCGGAUCAUAAAGUAAAGUUGAACAUGCUGAAAGAUAGUAUAAAACUGAAGAUUUGGUACCUGUAGAUGGAGGAUGGACGAAUAUAAUAUGGAAGAGGGGUUCCUUGAGAAUUAUGACCUAUGUAGUCAGAUUUGUGAUUUCUAUUCUAAUUAAUUCUGAAAAAUCUAAGUUUUCAUUCAUGAAUCGAAAGUAAUUCACUGCCAUAAAUGACAUAACAGGAGUUUAUCAAUUUUACGAAGAGAAUAAACUGAUAAGAUAGAGAAUUAAAAAGAAAUUUAAACAAAUUAUAAAAUCAUAUAUUUAGAAUAAUGUGUGUUAUAAAAUUAUAAGAAAUGGAUUGGAGACAUUUGUUCAUAGAUGUCUCUUUGUAAUAGAUCCUUCAAGCACUAUUAAAAUAUUAUGGGAUUUUUUCAUGUUAUUUGUGCUAUCAUGGUAGAUGGUAUUUGUUCCUUUGAAGAUUUGUUUUUUUAUUUAAAUCUAGGAUCCUAUUUUGAAUUUCAUCUUGAAUUAUUUGCCAGUCUACGUGUAUUUAAUGGAGAUAGUGUUAACAUUUUUGACAGGCUAUUAUGAACAUGGAGUGUUGAUUAUGGAUUAAAAAUAGGUAGCCAAACAUUAUUUCAAGAAAUCAUUUUUUUAUGAUUUAUUAAAUGUAUUGCCUUUAUUGGUCAGUGCAUAUUAUGUAUAAUCUAAUUGGUUGGAGUUUUCUGUGUUGGUGAAAGUAAAGACAUUGAAGUUUUUAUCGGACUAAUUAGAAGAAGUAUUUGGAUUGAGAACGAAUUACUAGACUUUGAUAGAUGUGUUGAGAUUGAUGAUAUAAUUUAUAUUUUUGUCUCAUCUUUUCGGUUGUUUUUGGCAUUAUUUGGGAAUUCUGUAAGGAGAUUAUGGAAUGACUAAUACUUGGAUAAAUGCCUUAGAGUUGGAAGAUGACAGUUGGUAGAUUCGAUACAUCAACUCAAUAUAUUGGAGUUCUAUAACGACAUUGACAAUUGGAUAUGGUGAUAUCACUCCUUAGAGUAGUGUUGAGAAGAUUUUCACAGUCGGAGUAGCUGUAUUCAGCAGUGUUGUAUUUGCAUACACAAUCUCAAGCAUAGGGUAAAUAUUCAGUCAAUUGAAUGAGAAUAAAAAGAAUUAAAGAUACAAAAUGAAUUUGAUUUAGCAAUUCAUAGGUUAGAGAGGAGUGAAUAAAUAAUUACAAAAUAAAGUCAAGAAAUUCUAUGAAUAUUUUAUACAAGUAGAUCACUCUUAAGACAGCGAAUGUGAAUUAUUGCUAAAUUCAUUGGAACCUUCUUUAAAAAAUGAAUUGAAGAUAGACAUCUACAAAAAAUACAUAAUGAAAUCCAAACUCUUUAAAUCCACUUUCUCACUAGAAUUCUUAGAUUUACUCUGCUAGUUAUUUCAAGAAAGACAAUAUACACCAGACGAAUAGAUAUGUGCAGCAGAUACAGAAGUUGAAGAAUUGUGUUUUGUUUUGAAGGGGGAAAUCUCUUUGUCGAUUCAAUUGAAUAAUUGUAAUUAAACAAUAACAUUCUUAAUGUAGAAUCUGAAAAAUCAUAUCUUAGGAGAAAGGUUCUUUAUUACCGGUGACAGAUUACCUUAUGCUGGAAAAGCAAUUACAGCAGUCCGAGUUGCCUUUAUCAAUAAAACUUAAUUCUUCAGUCUAUUGAAAUAGUAUCCCUAAGAAUACGAGAAAUUCUUGGAAGCCAAAAGUAAGGUCGUAUUGAAGGAGAGAGUCAAAGUCUAAGGAUGUGAACUAUGUUAUUAGAACCAUUAAGUUUUAUAAUGUCCCUUUGUGUUUUAUUACCCAAAUGUUAGAGUCAUUGUGAAAAGAUAAGAAAACAUCACCCAAAAACGAUAGUUUAAAUAAAGAUCCUAUAUAAAAAGUCAUAAAUCACUCUUAGAUAGAGGAGGUAUCUAAUAUUAGUUGAUCUCUUAUGCAUUGGACUCAAAUUUGAUGCGCGAAGAAUCUCUAGACGAAUCACUAAUAAAGAAUAUGGAUUUACAGUUUAUAGAGCCAACAAAAAAACAAUUCAAUAAAAUUCAUUCUGAUAUCUCUGGGGAUCAAUAACAGCAAGACUAGUCCAAUCCCUUUUUAAAUUAAACACCUUUACGUCCUAGUUAAGAAUAAAUUAGUGAAGACAGUGAUGUAGGUACUAGCAAAACAAAUAAAACAUCCAAUAAUGGAUUAUAAAAGUUAAUUACCUUAAGACAAAUAUCAUAAUAAAGUUAAAAUCAAUAAGGAUAAUAAAAAAAAGUAGAAAAAUUUAAAUAGAAGAGUUUAAAAGCAAAGAAAAGCGAAUUUAAACCUCCAGAAAUUGUAGAAUUGUAGAAGAUUGAAGAACUGUAGUCUUUUGAAUCCCCUUUGGGUUCAGGUCAAAAGGCAAAUCAAUAGUCUAUGUUUUUUCAUUUAAAUGAAAAUCCAAUAACCAGAGAUUUAGAAAUUAAGAGAAUCUUAUGGGAAGAAUAUGUCUAGUCUCAAAUUAUAGAGGAUAAAGAGAGAUACGAUUAAUAAUAGGAUUAUUAAUUCUUUUAUCCUCAUUGUAAUUUGGAGAGAAUUUUAGAGUAGAUCAAUAUCAAAGUUAAUGAGAGAAAGAAGAAAACAUAAAAGUCAAGAUUGACAACUCUAGGUAAGAAUAGAUUGGGCUAACUAUAAAAUAUAUCUGUUAGACCUAGAAAAAGCAUGAUCACAAUUGAAUAAGCCUUUUCUCAAGAUGAUGAAAGAUAAAAAAGUCUAAAACUAUGA